UGUUUCGUUACCUUUCUGAGUGCUUAUUCAAUCAAACAUAUCAUGAUAAGGUUGGGUAGCGUUUACGUUUUAAUAACCUUAGUUAUAAGUGUAGUGAAAAACGAGACGGAGGCUGUUCUUCAAAAUUAUGGAUUCCAGACAUUUGACGACAAGAGUUGGAGAGUUUUGUCAAAAUACAAACCUUUGAACACAUUUACACAAAAAUAUCACGUGGAAAAAUCAAAUAGAGAUAUGAAGGCAAAAUUAAAUGAUGUUCUUAUGAUGAAACUUGUUUCAUACUACGAAAAUAAAUAUGCAUUGGAAAAUAACGGACCUGUAAGGGCUGGAAGAUUACCCUUGUCAAAAAACAUACGAGUUCCACCAACAAAAAUACGUAAAAACAAUCACAUCAAAUUUUCAGUUCCGGAGGUUGUUAUUAUAUAAACUAUCAUGAGUAUAUAGCUGAAGUACUAAAUUGGUUACUAAUUAAUUUGUAACAUGGAGUAGAUGCGUAAAAUUACAUACAAGUUAUUCUGUUUUUCACUAUACAAAGUCCUAUUUAGAAAUAGACUCCUUAAGUAUUUGUUUCUCACUGAAAUUACAUGAUUACCUAUUAAAUAGCAUAACAAAAGUAUGAUACAUUCUGAUAUAAAUAUUAAUAAAGUGAUUACUUCAAUUAUAAAUGGUAUUCAUUAAAUGUUACCACUUAAAUUUGAUCGACGUUUAUUACAGUGUAUUUCUUUGAAAUAGCGGUAAAGUAAUGACAAUAUUGUUCUGUGGUCCAUAAUGUAUAGCAUUACGUAAUUUGAAGUACGAACAUAUUUGAUGUUAUUUAUAGUGCUUGUUGUUUCGAAUUGAAUUAAGAAUUAUUUAGAUUUGUUUUGACUAAAACAUAUUUUACUCAGGUCUAUAAAAUGCGAUGUGUUUCACUUUGUCGGAAUUGGAACAGUGGAUUUUAUGUCAAAUAAGCUUUUAUUACCGUCCGUAUUUUGCUAAGCAUUUUGAAGUUUAAAAAGUAGAAAUGUGUUUAUAAUAUUAAUGAAGACGCAGACAGGAAAUUAUAUCUGUAUUUUUGUAUGAUUAUAUUACAUUUUUGUAUGGUGAUGUUACAUUUUUGUAUGAUGUCUGAAUAUUAUGAUUGCAAUUUUUUAAUAUAUUAUUCAUAUACAUAUACAUAUAUAGAAGCUACCUUCUGCGAAGAGGUAGAAACAUUCAUACAUUCUAAAAGACUUUUUGUAUGAUGAUAUUCGUGGAUAACUUAUAUUUCAAUUUA